AUGAUGUUUGGUGAAAGGGAGGGGGAUGAGUGGGCACGUGACAAGGUGAAGGAUAGUGAGAAGAAGGUGAAUGAGCGGGCGGAGGGCGAGGUGAUGUUCAGUGGGAAGAAGGAGAGUAGGAGGGCAGAGCAGGACGUGAUGCUUGAGGAAAGGGAGAAGAAGAGGCUGAGGGAAUCGAAGGAGGUUGAGGGGAGAGGGGAACUGGGAUUGCAGGGAGGGGAGGCGGCUGGUUGUGAGGAAGUUGAAAAGGCUGGUUCAGGGUUUCAGGGAGAGGUGAAAGAGGUUCAAACGAAGCCUUUUUCAGACCCUAGACAGAUGAUACUGUCUCUAAAACCUAGAGACAUGAUGGUUUCCCUUGGUAUGAUGGACCCACACCGUCUGGUUGAGCUGGUGAAGAAGCAUGCCCGUGCUGCGGUGAAACCAGUGCCACGGUGUGUGAGACGACGACGGAGAGUUGUGAAGAUAGGAGAGGGAGACGCGGAGGGAGGUUCGGGACGGGAUACCUUUGCUAACUCUGUCGCUGACAAACGUGCUCCAUUGCCAGGAGGUGCUUCAACAAGGCAACACCCUUCUUCACGGAACACCCUUCGUCACGGCCAUUUCCAGCAGCAGCCUGCUCAUCCAACAAACCCUUCGAAGGACACCUUCAUCUCGUCGCCACGUCAGAUGCUCAAGAUCGCCAUGCUGUCCGCGAUUUUCUGCUUCUCCGUCGUCUGCGGGAACAUGUCGCUAAGAUACAUCCCCGUCUCCUUCAACCAGGCGAUUGGAGCCACAACCCCGGCCUUCACCGCCCUAUUCGUCGUCAUCAUCACCUUUCGCACCGAAGCAGCCACCACCUAUCUCACGCUCGUUCCAGUCGUUCUAGGCAUAGUCAUAGCCAGCAACUCGGAACCUUCCUUCCACCUUCUCGGCGUGAUCAUGUGCUUCUCGUCAACCGCUGCUCGCGCGCUCAAAUCCGUUGUACAGGGGCUGCUUCUAACGAGUGACAGUGAGAAGCUACACUCCAUGAACCUGCUCCUGUAUAUGUCGCCACUCGCGGUGGUGAUGCUGCUUCCAGCGAGUCUGUUUAUAGAGGGGAAUGUGCUGGCGGUGGUGGUGGCGAAAGCAAGGGACUCUCCUUGGAUUCUGGUUUACCUGUUGGCGAAUGCUGCAUUCGCCUACUUCACGAAUUUGACGAAUUUUCUGGUUACCAAGCACACCAGCGCACUAACCCUUCAGGUCUUAGGCAAUGCCAAGGGAGUGGUUGCGGCAAUCAUAUCAGUCUUGGUGUUCCUGAAGCAAAGAAGCGAUCGAAACACUGACGCAGGUUGCGAGAUCCAUGAAGGAGGUGGCUGCCUAGAAGGACCUACUUCAAUUGGUGGUGCUCUGCCGAAGUUCCUGGGCAUGGUUUUUCGAAGUUGUUUGGUACAGGCUCUGUGGCGAGCACCCAAGUUCAAGUAG